AUGGGAAACCAUACUGAGCUCACUGAAUUUUUGCUGAUGGGAUUCAUGGUUCCGUCACCAAUGCAAAGAACCCUAUUUCUGCUCUUUCUAAUGAUAUACCUAAUCACUUUGGUGGGGAACACUGGCAUGAUUAUACUCACCACUAUUGACUCCCAACUUCAUACCCCUAUGUACUACUUCCUAAAGAAACUGUCCAUCUUGGAUAUUUGCUAUUCCUCAGUCAUCACCCCUAAAGCCAUACAGAGUUUUGCACUUGGGAACAAAAGAAUCUCCUACAUUGGUUGUCUGAUCCAGAUGUUCCUCUUUUCUCUUUUUGGAACCACAGAAGCUUUUUUCCUGGCAGUGAUGGCAUAUGAUCGAUUCACUGCCAUCUGUACUCCACUACUCUACCAUAUGGUUAUGUCCAAGAAGAGAUGUCUUUGCCUUCUGUGUAUUUCCUAUUUGUUUGGUUGUGUCAACAGUUUCACCCAGACUGGCUUUACAUUCAGUUUGUCAUUUUGUGGUCCAACCAAGAUCAACCACUUCUUUUGUGAUGUCCCAGCUGUCAUGAAAGCCUCUUGUUCAGGCACAUUUAUAAAUGAAGUUGUGCUCCUAGUUUUGUGUGGGUUUAUCAUUCUGACCACAGCCAUAGUAGUCUUAAUAUCUUAUGGUUACAUUGUGACUACCAUCUUGCGCAUACCUUCUGUCAAGGGGAAAUAUAAAGCCUUCUCAACUUGUACCUCCCAUCUGAUGGCAGUAAGUUUAUUUUUUGGAACAGUUUUCUUUAUGUAUGCACAAUCUGGGGCCAUGUCCUCUCCUAACCUUGGGAAAGUGGUAUCCAUUUUUUACACAGUUGUGAUCCCAAUGCUCAAUCCCAUCAUCUACAGCCUAAGAAACAAGGAGGUCAAAAAUGCUCUGAACAGACAGUUCCGAAAGAAAUGUUUUGCAUGCUGA